AUGGGAAAUGGUUUGUUUGAGACAGAUCUUGACAAGGGAUCUGAGGAGGUGCAGGAACACUUAAAGAUGGAUACAGCAAGAGUUUUGGUUUUGCAAGGUGGUGGUGGUGGUGGUGGUGGUGCUUGCUGGUUAAGAACGCUGGUGAAGCACACACUUAACUAUGCUCCAAUAGAAGCCAAAAAGGGAAAUCCGCCUAUAAUGCCAGCUGUGAUGACACCAGGAGGACCUUUAGAUCUUUCAUCUGUGCUAUUCAGGAACCGUAUAAUAUUUAUUGGACAGCCUAUCAACUCCCAAGUGGCUCAACGAGUUAUAUCACAGCUUGUGACACUGGCAACUAUUGAUGAAGAUUCAGAUAUCCUCGUCUACCUGAACUGUCCUGGUGGAAGCACUUACUCUGUCUUGGCAAUUUAUGACUGCAUGUCCUGGAUAAAGCCCAAAGUAGGCACAGUAUGUUUUGGAGUAGCUGCAAGCCAAGGAGCACUUCUUCUUGCGGGUGGAGAAAAGGGGAUGCGAUAUGCAAUGCCAAAUGCACGCAUUAUGAUUCAUCAACCACAGAGCGGGUGUGGGGGUCAUGUGGAGGACGUGAGACGCCAAGUCAAUGAAGCUGUUCAAUCUCGUCAUAAAAUUGACAAGAUGUAUGCUGCUUUUACUGGUCAAACUCUUGAGAAAGUGCAGCAGUACACUGAGAGGGAUCGUUUUCUCUCAUCUUCAGAGGCUUUGGAGUUUGGUCUCAUCGAUGGUGUGUUGGAGACGGAAUACUAAAUUCAGAGGUGGGGAUGAAUCCAAGCUUUCGAAGGCACUGCAUUCUUCAUUGAUCUUCUUUUCUUAAAUUUUCAAACAAGGUGCAAUGUAGUGAUUUCAACCUGUACCUGUGAAUAAUAUUAUUCUGAUUUUUUUUUUUGUACAAUAUUGAUAUUGCUUGGGUUUAUAGGGUCGUAAAAUCAGGCUGAAACUCCCAUUAUCUAGAUUGUGGAAUCCUGUUAUUCUUAAUCCAUUCUUGCUUUGUUUUGAUGCA